AUGAACUUUAUAAGAAUACGAGCAGAGGUCGUAGCCAUGGAGCUGUCGUCGAUUCUAAACACGUGUGAAAACUUAUUCGGACGCCUAGAAAUUCCGGCCUCGGCGGCCAAUCUCAUUGAGAAUAGCCAACUGCGCAGGAGAUAUUAUAGUGCACAAGUGUACGCGCAGACACAACGUGCACUCUCUAUUCCUGUCACUCUCAUACUCCAGUGGGACGACCGCUCGAAACGAGUGAAACACCGCCAACUUCCCAACUCCGGGCUGUUACUGAAGUUUACUAUAGAGAAAGACUCAAUAACUAAACUUGGCCCGACCCGGAACUCGAACCCAGGACCUCCGUGGGUGCAGCCGUACAUGCUAGCCACUACACCACCGAGGCAGUUAUUGUUAAUUGUAACGCCGGCGUGUCCGCGGUCUUUGGGGGAUUAUUACCGUCGUUUACCCAUUUUCAGGGGAUCGAGUCAUGAAGAGAUA